AUGCAGAGGUUCAUGUCACUCAUUCCUCUUUCCCUGGUCCUCAUUGCGUCCUUGUUACCACGAUCAGUCCUUGCUUUGGAUUCAACGCCCGUCAAAAACUUGGUAGUAUUUGGUGAUUCUUAUUCAGAUGCUGGCAACUUCCAUCGAUGGACAAACGGCCCUAUUUGGAGUGAAGAUUUGGCAGUAGCUUGGAACGCGUCUCUUUAUAGCUUUGCUCAUACAGGCUCAGCAUGUGACAAUGCACUAUUUCCAAACGUAUCCAUGGAGAUGACGACACCAAGCAUCCGGGAUCAGAUCGAACACUUUUAUCAUCAAGAUUUGCAAUUGGACCCCACUGAAACAUUAUUCGCCAUUUGGGUUGGUGUCAAUGAUAUCCAGCAAUCCUAUCAGCAAAAGCUUGGAAGUACGACCCCACCUACGUUUGAGAAUGUGUCGCAAUGCAUCACAGAACAAAUUCGAAGCAUCCGCAAGGUCUUUGGUGCCAACCGCAUCAUGGUCUUUAAUGUACCACCCAUGCAACAUAUGCCUUUCUUUAUCGAUCGUGAAGACAAACCACAAUGGGAAUCGGCUGCUGAACAACUCAACCGCUUAAUCCAAAACGACGUUGUCAAUCUCAACAAGCAUCAUCAUGCACUCGAGCUCGAUUUGAUUGAUAUUCACAGUUUAUUGACAGAUGUCAUGGCCGAUCCUUCCAUGUUUAACUUUGUGAAUGCAUUGGAUGCUUAUUUGGAUGUAUGCCAUGGGUCAUGCACUGACAAUGUGGAUCAUUACGUUUGGUGGGAUCGCACGCAUAUCACAGGAGGGAUGCAUCGUUUGAUUGCCAACUCUAUUCUUCUCGCUGGUUCCUAUGGUAAAUCCAUGUCCCUGGAUGCAUCUGUGGGUGAUGUUACCGCAUGGAUCAAUGCGCCUGAUUCUCCUUAUCGCUCACCCAAAUAUACCCCUCCUCCUCAUACUGGUGUGAUUGAACGCGUCAUGCAACAAAUUGCGGCCGAAAGCCUGGCACCUAUUUACGUUCAGCAACAGGAUGACUUUGAUACCGAUUUGUUUGUCAACCAUCGAUUAUUGACAGUGGCAAGUCUUCUUUUGCUUUUGGGGAUUAUUGUGAUUGUUUGGAUGAGGCAACAACGUAAAAGACGAGGAUCCAGCAGUCACCAGCUUGGCAUCUUGGGCAGUUUUGCCACCACUCAGGAACAACAACAUCGUCGAUUCCGUUCUUUUUCACCACCAUUUCAUUCUUCUGGACCCUCUGCCAACAAAUGA